CUUCACUUCGGGCUCUCGGUUUAUGUGCCACUAGUUCUGAAAGAAAAAUGCCAGCCACCCGCUCCAAGACUCUGGCAGCCCGGCCUCCACCGACCGGGAUGAGUUUGAGGAGCUUCCGCAUCGUGCCUCUGGUUCCCAUGGAGACAUCCUCUUCUUCCUCCGAUGACAGUUGUGAUAGCUUUGGCUCUGAUGGAGGCUUUGCAAACACGAGGGGCUGCUUCAGGAGGAGGACGCCGGAGAAACCAAAGACGUUCAAGGCUUCAUCGGAGGAGGACGCGUGCAGCGUGUUUGACGAGAGUGUCAUCAACAGCCAGAUGGAGGCCAUGAAAGUAGACUCUGAACCUCUGAGACGUGGCCACCGGUCCACCGUCAUGAAGGUUGCCAUGACAUUCCCCUCCAAGAAGACGGGCAAAAAGAGGCCUGCAUCCGAACCACUCCCUCAAAAUAAAGUGCAGGACUCCGACUCUGACGGAGAGGAGAACUUCAUUAGCAAGAGAGCCAUAAAUAUUAAGGAGAACAAAGAAAUGCUGGCGAAGCUCAUGGCAGAGCUGAACAAAGUACCCGGUAUUUUCCCAGGACGGAUGGCAAUGUCUGCAUCUUCUACGCCUCGCCAAGCACCCCGCCGCUCAAUGGGAAUGCCAGGAUUUCGUCAGAGAAACGGCGAGCGCUUGUCUCGUCCCCACACGCGGUCCCGCACACAGGUGGACGGACCCCCCAGCCCAGCUCCAGAGGAAGAGCCCGAGGACAGCUUCAGCCUGGUUCGCAGAAGUCGCUACUAUGAGGAGGUUGAUUCUCCACCCCGUUGCCGCUCUUUCAAAGGUGCAACGGCCACCCCCCACGUCGUGCGGCCUGUGGAUGACAUCUCGCAGGCAGAGCUGCAGAGCAUCUGCGGCAACGUGCGGGAUAAAGUCUACAACCGCGCCACUGGCACCACUUGCCACCAGUGCCGCCAGAAAACAACGGACACCAAAACCAACUGCCGUAAUCCAGAGUGCAGGGGGGUGAGGGGUCAGUUCUGUGGCCCCUGUCUUUGUAACCGCUACGGAGAGGAGGUCCGCGACGCUCUUCUGAAUCCGGAGUGGCUGUGCCCGCCAUGCAGAGGGAUCUGUAACUGCAGCUUCUGUCGGGCCAGAGAUGGUCGCUGUGCCACAGGAGUGUUGGUGUACCUGGCAAAAUACCAGGGAUUUGACAAUGUGCACGCCUACCUGAAAAGUUUGAAGAAGAAGCUGGAAGAGAGUGGCUUGUGAAAUGUGGAGGAAAGGAGCUGAUCCUGGACCUGACUGACAUACUCUGGGAUCAUUUGCACCAGUCCAGAUAUUCAUGGUGUUUCAAGCAUCAUAACACAAUGCUAAUUGUUGUUCAUGUUUAUAAAAUGUCAUCUGAUAUCUGGAGGAGGGCCAUGCAGCCAGUUCUCUCUCGCCUACAGCUUUCUUUGUUUUUGUUUUAAAGAGCUGAGAGGGGUUGAUUGCAAACUAAGGUUCAUAGUUGCAAAUGUAUGCUUGUGUUUUUACAUGUUUUGUAAAUCUGCUGAAAGUGUAAAUGUUAAAAAAAAUAAGCGUUUGCUUUAGUUUGGAUGUGAUAAUCUGCAUGCCACUGAGGUGGUGCAGGUGGAAAGGGCAUAGACUGGGGUCCACUGCCUCUCACUUUUAAACCGAGAAGAACUGUGUGAUAUACUACAGCGCCUGGUUAAAUAUCCUUCAUUAGAUAACUGUCACUAAUGGUGUGGAAACAAUUAGCACUCUAAUGGGAAUCUCAUACCUGUAAAUCAUUUUAUCCUGUUAAAGCACAUUCUCGCUCUGCUCCAGUCUCUUUGGCUCAUUUUCUACCUUACACUGUUAAGUAGGAAUCGUUGAAGGUGCCACUGAAGUGGCAAUAGAGUUAUGGCCUGCAUUUUCUGUUCAGAAGUGCGAUACUCUACGCUGAAUGACACGGAAUUAACCUUUGUGUCGCUCAUCUUUCAAAUGUACUUCAUUCGACCUGCGCCAGGACACACUGAUUAUAUGAUACUGUCUCAAAAAUAAUAAUCAACGGCUGAGAUUUCUUCUCCGGCGUAAUGUCAGGUGGAGGUUAUCCUUGUGGUGCUGGUGUUUAUCAGGCCCUGGACUCCCAACGAAAAGAGUAAUGCUGAACUGUUGAUGGGGAUUGGGGACAUCUGUUAUGCUGAUGCUUGAUCUGUGCUCAAUGGGUUAACUGUACAUUUUCAUUAAAGUGUUAAUCACUGCAGAA